AUGGCGAGCGGCACGGGAUGGGCACAACUGCGUCAACAGAUCAGAACACUCGAAAGCCAGAGCGAAUCGCUGUUCCACACCUAUUCACAGUAUGUGUCUGCUGCAAACCUACCCGAGAAACCCUCGGAAGAGGAAGUGAAGAAUGAAAGCGAUCUAUCAGAGCUCUUUGAGAAACGAGAGUCUCUAAUCUCACAACUAUCUCGUCUUCUGGAUUCCGAAUCCGCCCUGAAUACCUCAUCGCUCAAACAGAACAACUUGUCCAGACAUCGAGAAGUUCUCGCGGAACACCGAUCGGAGCUACGGCGACUCAAAUCCUCAAUAGCAGAAGCGCGAGACCGACAGCAUUUGCUGACGAGUGUGCGCUCGGAUAUCGACGCGUUUCGGUCAUCAAACCCAGCGGAGGCAGAGGCAGAGUACAUGUUACAAGAAAGAGGAAGAUUGGACAGCAGUCACAAUGUCAUCGACGGUAUCAUUUCGCAGGCGUAUGCAAUCAACGAGAACUUUGGACUGCAGCAAGAAACCCUUGCCAGCAUCAAUCGCCGAAUCACCUCGGCAGCGGCACAAGUACCGGGAAUCAACGGCUUAAUCCAGAGAAUUGGCACAAAGCGAAGGAGAGAUGGCAUCAUCCUUGGUUCCUUUAUCGCUUUCUGUUUCCUGUUGUUCUUCUGGAUUCUGUGA